UUCGGUUGCCCGGUGGGGACGUUUCUUCUCUUCCUCUGCCCUCCCUCCCUUCCUCUCUCCCCACCCGUCCCCCGCACCUGCCCGGCCGCCGGCUCCUUAGCCUCUCCGGCGGACGACAGCGGCCCGCACCCGCCGGGGGAGCCGCUUCCCCCUCAGCCGCCGGCUGCCGCUCGCCCCGAGCCGGGAUGUUCUCCAGGAAGGGCCACGCCGAUGUCAGGAAAUCCACCCAGAAGGCGCUGGACCCCAAGCGGGAUGUGCUCACCCGCCUCAAGCACCUCCGGGCGCUGCUGGAUAUUGUGGAUGGAAGUGACCUGAAGCAAUUUUUUGAGAACAAUUAUUCUCAAAUUUAUUUUAUAUUCUAUGAAAACUUCAUAACACUGGAAAAUAGCUUGAAACAAAAAGGGAAUAAAUCACAAAGGGAGGAGCUGGACUCCAUUCUCUUUAUUUUUGAAAAAAUAUUGCAGCUACUACCUGAGAGGAUUUUUUAUCGAUGGCAUUUUCGCAGUAUAGGGUCGAUUCUGAAGAAACUUUUGCACACUGGAAAUUCUCUCAAGAUAAGAUGUGAAGGAAUUCGACUGUUUCUUCUCUGGCUUCAAGCGCUUCAGACUAACUGUGCGGAUGAGCAGAUAUUAAUAUUUGCAUGCCUUGUGCCUGGCUUUCCACCCAUCAUGUCUUCUCGAGGUCCCUGUACCCUCGAUAACCUCAUUAGUCCUCCUUAUUCGCCAGACGCUAAGAUUUUUCCAGAAGAAAUCACUCCCCUUUUGCCAGCUGUCUCUGGAGAGAAAAUUGCUGAAGACCAAACCUGCUAUUUUCUUCAGUUACUGUUAAAAUAUAUGGUAAUUCAGGCUGCAAGCUUAGAGUGGAAGAAUAAGGAGAACCAAGACACUGGUUUUAAAUUUCUCUUUACCUUGUUUAGGAAAUACUAUCUCCCUCACUUGUUUCCAUCUUUUACAAAGCUAACCAACCUCUACAAACCUGUUCUUGAUAUUCCUGAUGUAAGGCCAAGACCAGUAUACAUUACUGCAACACGAAACAAUGAAAGUGUCUAUAGCACAAAAAUCCCAUACAUGGCAGCUCGAGUUGUUUUUAUUAAGUGGCUUGUUACCUUCUUUCUUGAAAAGAAAUAUUUAACUGCUGUUCAGAACACAAAAAAUGGAGGAGAAAUGCUCCCUAAAAUUAUUCAGACCGUUGGUGUUGUAAACCAAGAUAAAAACGCAGAGCUGGAAACCAGUAUGUCUUACUCAAGCGAGCAGGAGAGAAGCCAUUCCAACAGCAGCACCUUGUCUGACAGAAGGCUCAGCAAUUCCAGCCUCUGCAGCAUCGAAGAGCAGCAUCGGACCGUCUAUGAGAUGGUGCAGAGAAUCCUCUUAUCCACUCGGGGAUAUGUUAACUUUGUUAAUGAGGUGUUUCGCCAAGCUUUUUUAUUGCCACCUUCUGAUAUAUCUGCAACACGGAAAGUGGUGAAGGUGUAUCGAAAGUGGAUAUUGCAAGAGAAACCUGUGUUCAUGGAGGAGCCAGACAAAAAGGAAGAUGGUCAGGACGCUAUUGUCAACUUAGAGGAUUCAUCAGUGCAAACGGAUGGUAAACAUCUUUCCUCUGACCAUUCAGGACACAAGCGUUCAUCCAGCUGGGGAAGAACGUACUCCUUCACCAGUGCUGUUAACAGAGGAUGUAUAUUAGAAGAUGAGGACAAAAAUGUUAAAGCUGGUGCUCAAGCUGCGUUACAGGUAUUCUUGACAAACUCUGCCAAUGUUUUCUUACUGGAACCGUGCAUUGAAGUCCCAGUGCUUCUGAAGGAGCAAGUGGAUGCUUGCAAAGCAGUGCUGAGUAUCUUUAGGCGCAUGAUAAUGGAGCUAUCAAUGAAUAAAAAGACAUGGGAACAGAUGUUACAGAUACUCCUUAGAAUAACAGAAGCUGUGAUGCAGAAGCCAAAAGAAAACCAAAUAAAGGAUAUGUUUGCUCAGAGCAUGUCGGGAUUACUUUUUCGAACCCUCAUCGUGGCUUGGAUCAGAGCAAACCUGAGUGUUUACAUCUCUCGGGAGCUGUGGGAUGAGCUGCUCAGCGUUCUGUCUGCCCUGACAGACUGGGAGGAGCUUAUCAAUGAGUGGGCCAAUAUCAUGGACUCUCUCACAGCCGUGCUGGCAAGAACCGUGUAUGGGGUGGAAAUGACAAACCUCCCCUUGGACAAGCUCAGCGAACAAAAAGAAAAAAAGCAGAGAGGAAAAGGUGGCAUUUUAGAGCCUCAAAAGCCGGCUGUGGUGGGAAGAUCUUUUUCAUUAAGCUGGAAAAGUCAUCCUGAAAUUGUGGAGCCGAUGAGAUUCAGAAGUGCUACGACCUCUGGAGCCCCGGGAGUUGAGAAAGCAAGAAAUAUUGUUCGUCAAAGAGCAACAGCUAAGCGAAGCCAGUCUAUCAGCAACUGUGUUCAUCUUUAUGAGGCUUUACCAGCUACUAAAAGUGUACCUCUUCUGCUUCACACUGUGAGCUCUCUCUUACCUGGUAUCUCUUACACUUCUUGCUCUCACAGACUGUCAGAAGUUGAAGAAUCUCAGCAGCUGGAAAAUUCAACAGGAACAGAAGCUACAGGCCUAUUUGCAGACCAAGAGCAGCAGCUAACUCGAAGCAGCAGCACUUCAGAUAUUACAGAUCAGUUUCCAGCUGAUGUUUUUCAAGGUAAAAAGGCUGGGAGUUCUCAUAAUUUAACUUCUUCAGACUCCAGAUCAGUUCAGGAAAAUAAGGGAUGUACAAAGAAGGACCAUGAAGCUGAGCAGGUACUAGUACGAAGAAGCAGUAGUACGGCUGAAUUAGAUUUGAAAGCAGAUUUGCUGCAAUCACAUGGAAAUCAGAGAGAGAGAGAAAAAAGUGAAAGUGUUAGCAGUGACACGUCCAUUGGCUAUAAUAAUGAAGUAGAGAUUGCUCUCAUCCCCUGGCAAGCUUCCGAAGACGACCAUGAAGUCAAUGCAUCAGCAGAUGUUUGUGUGGAUCCUGAUGCACCUCGCUGGCUUCAGCUUAGUCCUUCAGACACUGCAAAUUUAACAGACAGUAGUGAAUUCCUUGCUGAUGACUGCAGUAUCAUUGCUGGUGGAAGCCUUAUUGGUUGGCAUCCUGAUUCUGCUGCGGUUUUGUGGAGGAGGAUCUUGGGAAUUCUUGGAGAUGUGAACAAUAUAAAGUCACCUAAAAUCCAUGCAAAAGUUUUUGGGUAUCUGUAUGAGUUGUGGUAUAAGCUCGCAAAGAUACGGGACAACCUUGCUAUAAGUGUGGACAAUCAGUCUACUCCCUCGCCUCCUGUCUUAAUUCCUCCUCUCAGAAUAUUUGCAUCAUGGUUGUUCAAGGCAACCACCCUGCCAAAUGAAUAUAAGGAAGGCAAACUUCAGGCGUACAGACUGAUCUGCGCUAUGAUGACCAGGCGUCAAGAUGUUCUGCCAAAUUCUGAUUUCCUGGUUCAUUUUUAUUUUGUGAUGCACCUUGGCUUAACAAGUGAAGACCAGGAUAUCUUACAUACUGUCAUAAAGCACUGCCCACCUUGGUUUUUCUUCCUGGGCUUACCUGGCUUCACCAUGCUGAUAGGAGACUUCAUUACGGCGGCGGCCAGGGUCCUGAGCACAGACAUGCUGGAGGCUCCCCGUUCAGAAGCUCACACCAUCCUUGGUUCUCUUGUUUGCUUUCCAAAUAUCUACCAAGAAAUCCCGCUUUUGCGGCCCAUUUCACAAGCUGGUGAUAUCAUUGCAGGAACUACCGACGUGAAGUGCUACCUCAUAAAUAUUUUAUUGAAGAAUGCUACAGAGGAGCCAAGUGAAGCUGCAAGAUGCAUAGCCAUUUGUGGCCUUGGAGUUUGGAUAUGUGAAGAACUAACACAGUGCACAAACCACCCCCAAGUGAAGGAAGCAAUCAAUGUCAUAGGUGUGACGCUGAAGUUUUCUAAUAAGCUGGUAGCUCAAGUAGCCUGUGAUGUUCUUCAGCUGCUGGUUUCUUAUUGGCAAAAGCUUCAGAAGUACGAAUCCUCUCUGUCCAGAAAAAUUACUGAAAUCCUUGUGGCCACUAUUGCAUUUCUUUUGCCGAGUGCUGAAUACUCCUCUGUGGAAGCAGAUAAAAAGUUCAUAGUUUCGCUGCUGCUUUGUUUGUUGGAUUGGUGUAUGGCAUUACCCAUGAAAAUGCUACUGGAGCCAGUGUCUGCUGGUGUUCUUGAAGAUCAACAUACCUCCAAAGCUCCUUUACUGGACUAUAUUUAUAGAGUCCUGCACUGCUGUGUGAAUGGCUCCAGCACGUACACUCAGCAAAGCCACUACGUGCUGAGCCUGGCAGAUCUCUCCUCCAGUGACUACGACCCAUUUUUGCGACUUGGGAACGUCAAGAGCUCUGAGCCAGCCCAGUGCCACUCCUCCACGGAUCUGGGCAACCUGCUCACUGUCGCCGAGGAAAAAAGGAGGAGGAAUUUAGAAUUGAUACCUUUAACGGCGCGGAUGGUUAUGACUCACUUGGUGAAUCACCUGAGCCACUACCCCCUCAGCGGAGGCCCUGCCAUUCUCCACAGUCUGCUUAGUGAGAACCACGACAACUCCUACGUGGAGUCCUCGGAGCUGUCCUCAGAAGUCUUCCGGAGUCCCAACCUGCAGCUCUUUGUGUUUAAUGACAGUACUCUGAUAUCUUACCUCCAAAUCCCCGCCGAGAAGAAGGCGGACGCUGAACCAGCCACAUCCCCCUCAGACGUAAGAGUAAUUGUUAGAGACAUCUCAGGGAAGUACUCUUGGGAUGGCAGAAUAUUGUAUGGACCUUUGGAGGGCUGCCUUCCGCGGCAGAGCCCAACGAAUGCGUUUGUGAUCUCAGGCAACCCUGAACACCACUUCAUUUCCCAGAAAGACAUUUCUCAGGUGGAAGAAGGAGAAGACGCACUUGACCAGUUGCUGGAAAAGAUUGGUAACACCAGUCCUGAAUGCCUUUUACAUCCCGAGCGAAAGCUGAAUGAGCCGUCACCACCACCCUUUGGUAUGAGCUAUGACCAAGAAAAUGCCAUCACUGAAGCCCUGAUGAGGCAGAGUGCCCAGGAAAAGGAAUAUAUAUUUAAAUGCAGCUCGGACUUGAGUAUGAAGGUUGCCCACCAAGAAGAACCACGUCCUGCUGAACCUCAAGCGUCCUUUUAUUUCUGUCGGCAGCUGCUAAAUGACUUGGGAAUGAACUCCUGGGAUAGAAGGAAAAGCUUUCAUCUUCUUAAGAAAAAUUCAAAAUUACUGCGAGAACUGAAAAAUCUGGAUUCCCGUCAAUGCCGUGAAACUCACAAGAUUGCAGUGUUUUACAUUGCUGAAGGACAGGAGGACAAAUGUUCGAUACUGUCCAACGCAAGGGGAAGCCAGGCAUAUGAAGAUUUUGUUGCUGGACUGGGCUGGGAGGUUGAUCUCUCGACACAUGGUGGUUUUAUGGGCGGCCUGCAGCGCAAUGGCAGCACGGGACAAACGGCACCCUAUUACGCUACCUCCACCGUGGAAAUCAUUUUUCACGUGUCUACAAGAAUGCCAUCGGAUUCAGACGAUUCGCUGACCAAAAAGCUUCGUCACUUGGGAAAUGACGAGGUUCACAUCGUCUGGUCUGAACACACCAGGAACUACCGCAGGGGCAUUAUACCAACAGAUUUUGGAGAUGUUUUGAUUGUUAUUUAUCCAAUGAAGAAUCACAUGUUUUUCAUAGAGGUCAUGAAGAAACCAGAGGUGCCGUUUUUUGGUCCUCUCUUCGACGGAGCCAUCGUGACUGCCAAGCUGCUGCCCAGCCUCAUAUGUGCCACCUGCAUCAACGCCAGCAGAGCCGUCAAGUCGCUCAUCCCGCUCUACCAGAGCUUUUACGAGGAGAGAGCUCUGUAUCUCGAAGCAAUAAUCCAGAACCACAAAGAAGUAAUGACGUUUGAGGAUUUUGCCGCUCAGGUCUUUUCUCCCUCUCCCAGCUACUCCCUGGGUGGAACUGGCUGCCUCACCACGAGUGCGAGCACUGACCUGACCCUCACCAUCGGACUGGAGCUGGCAGAGCCCACCUCGCCCACCUUACCGCGUGCCUCCAGGAGCAGAGUCUCCGGGAAGCUCCGCCGCUCCGCCAGUGCCCUCAGCAAGGCUUCCAACUGAGCAGAACUCCGGCCCAGGGAACCCGGGAGACCUUAAAACAGAGAAAUUAUUUACUGCCUCAAGAGAACUUGCAGGUUUUGGAUGAGCACGUGCUGAAGGGACAUGGGCGAGUUUGCUCUGUGAUGCUGAUGCAGGCUGAUGGUGGGACAUCACCUGCCUUAUCGUCCUGCGUUUCACUCCAUCCUUUCCCCCACCGAGCCAAGGCGGGUGGCGGGGAGCUCUCGCCCCCAGCAUGGCGCCGGGCUGACAGCACCACGCUCUGCUCCCCGAGCACCUGCCUGCAGGCAGCGAGAGGACAGGAACCAGUAUCGAAACCCGUUAUUUAAUGUAACUUUAGAGCAUUGCUUUUAGUCAUUCCGGUCAAUGCUUAAUUGUGUGUUAGGGAAUUUUGUCUAAAUAGAGGUUCUCUUCUGACUAGCCACAUAGCAAAUGUUCCCCUCCCCGGGCGCGUGGGUGGGUGGGUGGUGGAGGUGCUGCACGGUCUGUGUUCAACCUCUGCUCCCCUGCUGUGGUCUCUGCUCGCCCAGCACCAGUUUUGUGCAUGUAGCUAAAGAAUUAGUGAUCAUCAAAGAGGUCAUUUCCCUGAGAUUCACGAGGGUACUGCCGAUGUCACGGAGCGGCAGCAGGUGCGUUAAAGCCUGUUUAAUCAGGGUGUCUUGUCCAAGGUCAUACAUCACCACCCACGGUGUAAAAAUCCCAAAGCAGAAGUUGCUCCAGCCCCGGCUCGGUGGUGCCUGGUCCAGCACGGCAGAGCAGAGGACCAGCCUCCUCCUUAGUGCCUGCCUGUGGUGGAGGUGUCACCGCUGGGGUGGCAGCAUCCAGCGCCGGCGGGAGGUGCCAGCUCGUGGCCACCGGCUGGGGCCAACCAUUUACCUUCACCUCCUUCCAUUUAUUUUAGAGAAAAGUCCUCUUUCCCAGCACUGGCUUCACUUUGGGGAUUGCUGUGUCACCUGCAGUAGUGCACGUGGUGGCUGCCUGCUGUCAACUACUCACUAGAAAAGUAAAAAAAAAAAAUAAUCAGAUUUCUUCUUGAGGAGCAAAUGCAGCACGUUUGCUUCUCGCUGCAGUGGGAAUGACUUGACAGGGCACCUCUUGGGUAACCCCCUCGCCUUGUCACCACGUCAGGGCAACGGGCUGCACCUUGAAGCACCUCUGCUUAGAAUGAAAUAAAUCCGGAGGCUUUUGAGGGCGUCCAGCGUCCUCUCAGCACUUUGCAUCUUGUAUUUUCCAUAGGAAAUGUACUGCAGCCCACGUGUAUCCUAGGUUUGGGGGGGGGGGGUGUUAGAACUUUUUAUAGCUUACAAAAAAAAAAAGUAAUAUAAAAAGAAAUGUGAGAGACGCCCUGCAGCCACUCGCUGGGCAGGAGGAAGGUGGACAGAUGGCAGAAACGCGUCGUUGCUCCACCGUGGUGGCACCGGGGAGAGGCCCCACGUGCAGCAGGACCUCGGCAGCGACGGGACCCACCAGCGGCCGCCGUGGGGCUGGAGGUGGCACCGUCUUCAUUCCGGGCUGCCCGGCCCCUCCUGGCACACGGGGCGAGGGCAGGAGGUGGCUGUGAAGCAAAUAAGGUUCUCUGAACAUCAUCUCUCCACGUCUGGACCAUCGGGGUCUGCCCAUUCCCCGGUGUCACGUCUGGCCCCUCCGGCCUCCAAACCCUCCUCAGGUCUAGGUUCACCUUUGUUGCUUUUUCUUCUGGGUUUUUUGGGGGGGGUUUUUUGUUUGUUUUGCUGCUUGCUGUUCAAACACAGACCUCUCCACCUGAUGCCCUCGGGUGUAAGCAGAGGGGUUUCGGGUUCUGCCGAAGCACCAGGAUGCACCCUUGGGCCACCAGAUUCUUUUUUUGCACUUUUCUACUUGGGCGUUGACGUGAAGGUCCGUCCAUCUGCGUGUCAGAGCCCAGUCCCUGUGGACAGGGGACACUUUUUGGGGAGCUCAGCACGUUGCUGCGGGGUCUGUGGUCGGGGCCGGGGGAGCAGGGACCCGGCACGGCGGGACGCGGGUAACGCAGCCGUCCUGCUGGGGAAGGAGCCUCGUCUGCUGAGGGGGUUGAUUUUUCUGCCUCACCUUUUGGUUUUGCUUUCUCCUGGUUGUGUGUCGGCAGAGGAAAUCAGAAAAUAAACCACGUGUUUUAAUUUAUUUUCAGGGCUGGAUAGGAGAGGCUGUCCUGGUCUUAGUUGUGCGAUAAGUGGUCUGAAAUAAUUUCAAAGACGUUCUUCUGAAUAAAAGGAGACUUUUCUCUUUAGAGCAAUAUGCAUCUCUAAUUCAGGGAAGAAUUAAAACACCCAUGAAAGUAGCAUUUUCCUGAUGUCAAAAAUCUAAAAAUGUGAAUUUGUAAAAAUCGAACUGCAGUUUUGUACCAGGAACUGCUCUGUUACCCCUCACAGACUUAAUAAACCUCAGCUCACAGCAGAA